AUGGCCAUUUCCGGGCCAAAUGGCGUUCAUCCGCCAGAACCGGAACCUCUCAGUGCCCUCGAUCAACUGAGACGAAGUGCAAGGGAAUCCUUUCAGAAGGCUAGAACUCUGUUGAAGGCGAUUAGAGAUCCAUUCCCAACUCAGACCGGUGACGGCACGUAUGUGGCCGAGCCGAAGAGGAAUAACGCUAUCGAAGAUGUAGCCGACAUUCUGAGCGACAUUGGACGACAGGAUAUCAAAGAUGUUGCCGGACUUGUCAAGACAUUCGAGCGCACCGCGCUUAGGGAGCCGCUCAAUGACCGAGAGUACCUCAUGGAGAGCCUGGUAGCCGUCGCUGCCAAGAUGGACGACGAUUUUCUACAGAAGAAGAUUACCGAUACUUUUCUCACGACACUCUGGAAUGACUUGGAGCAUCCUCCGCAGACGCUGCUGUCCGACAAGUUUCAAUUUCGACAGCCUGACGGCAGUCACAACAGCUACAAAUUCCCCGAUGUUGGCAAAGCUGGCAUGCCCUACGCCCGCACCGUGCCUCCAAAGGUUCAGCAGUCCCCAUGUCUGCCCGACCCCGGCGUCCUGUUCGACUCUGUUAUGGCACGAAACAAUCCCAGAGGCGAGAAGCAUCCUAAUCGAAUUUCGAGCAUGCUAUUCUAUCUUGCCUCGAUCAUCAUUCACGAUAUCUUCCGCACGGAUCACGAUGACUUCAACCAGUCCAACACCUCCUCAUACCUAGACCUGGCACCGUUGUACGGUAGCAACUGGGAGGAGCAAAAGCGCAUGCGAACGUUCAAAGACGGAAAGAUAAAGCCGGACUGCUUCUCGGAGUCUCGAUUGCUGACGUUUCCUCCCGGCGUGGGGGCUCUACUGAUCAUGUUCAAUCGCUAUCACAACUACGUUGUCGAACAAUUGGCGGCCAUCAACGAGAAUGGACGGUUCACGCCAAGGAAACCCACUGUCGACAGAUAUGGUGAGAAGGAUCUCGACAGACGAGACGAUGACCUCUUCCAGACGGGCAGACUCGUCACUUGCGGUCUCUAUGUCAACAUCAUUCUCAUUGACUACGUGAGGACAAUCCUCAACAUCAAUCGAACGGAUUCGAACUGGCAGCUUAAUCCGCGAGCCGACCUUGGGGAAUCCGGUGCUCCAGUGGGGACUGGCAACCAGUGCAGCGCCGAAUUCAACCUGGUCUAUCGAUGGCACUCUGCGGUCUCCGAAAGAGACGAUCGCUGGACGCAACAGCUGUUCAGUGAACUGUUCCCGGGCGUCAGUGCAGCGGAUGUCUCGAAGCCCGAGAAGAUCGGAAUGUUCCUUGGCCGGCUGAAGAAGCUUGCAGACGAGACAGAGUCGACAGAACCCGACGAACGAGCAUACCCAGCCUUAGAGCACGAAAGACUGGAACGCAUCAAGGAGGGUCCGCGCAAGGGCAGUUAUAGAGAUGACGACUUGGCGGCAAUUCUUACGAGUAGCAUCGAAGACUGCGCGAACGCCAUGGGACCUCAGCAGGUGCCGGUCGUGAUGAAGGCUAUCGAGAUGCUUGGUAUCCAACAGGCAAGAACGUGGAAGUGCGCAACACUCAACGAAUUCCGAAGGCAUUUCGACUUGAAGCCAUACGAGACGUUCGAAGAGAUCACCACGAACAAAGACGUCUCGGAGGCUCUGAAGCAUCUCUACGACACCCCGGAACAAGUCGAACUGUACCCGGGUCUUGUAGUCGAAGAUGCCAAGGACCCCAAAUUGCCCGGCUCAGGUCUCUGCCCGUCAUUUACUACCUCACGGGGAGUGCUGUCUGAUGCCGUCGCACUUGUACGGGGCGAUCGUUUCUACACCUCCGACUACACUCCCGCUCUGCUCACCAACUGGGGCUAUCAGGAAGCCAAUUUCGAUACCUCUAUCGACAACGGCUGCGUCUUCUACAAGCUCUUCUUACGAGGCUUGCCUCACAACUACGAUCCAGCUUCGGUCUACGUCCAUUACCCCAUGACGAUACCCUCUGAGAUGCGCACCGUCUUGCAAGACCUGAGCAAGGCCCAUCUGUACAACUUCGACAAGCCGCAACCCAUCUCUCAGCCGACCGUGAUUUUCAGCCACGCGGCAGCCGUUCAGGUCAUUGAGGAUUCCGAGACUUUCCAGGUCACUUGGGGACGUGCGAUUGAGUUCCUACAAGGCCCCAAAGCCAAGAAUUCCAUGCUAGCUGGUGACGGACCAGAGAAGAACGGAUCCCGGAAACCCAUGGAAGGAUCUAUGUCUCUUGGUGCUUCCUCUCUUGCGAUGCCUACUGGAGAUGAGAAAUGGCUGAAGGCCGUCCGAAAUUUCUAUGAGCACAAGACCACGGAGCUUCUCAAGCAGAAGUCGUACCAGCUCGCUGGAGUCAACUAUGUGGACAUCGUUCGAGACGUCGGCAAUCUUGCCCAUGUCCAUUUCUGUGCUGAGAUGUUCAGCAUUCCACUCAAGACGGAGAAAUUCCCGCGGGGAAUCUUCACAGAAAAGCAGCUUGAGCUUACCAUGACUGCUAUUUAUGUCUGUGUCUUCUUCGAUCUGGAUCCGACGAAGAGUUUCCCGUUGAUGCAGAAGGCCAGAGAGGUACGUUCACUUGGACGUUCAGCUGAUGAAUAAACCUUCACGAGGCAUGCCUAACAUACUGACACUCCACCAGGCCUGCCAAACCCUCGGCCAAAUAAUGAAAGCCCAAGUCGAAUCCAUCGCCCGCAUCGGUAGACCCGCCGAACUCCUCAUCGAAGCACUCAACCCCACCGACGGCACCCUUUCCGAAUAUGGCGUCCACAUGAUCGCCCAGUCAUGCAAAGAAACCAACGACAUGGACGACGUCGUCUGGGGCAAUCUGAUGAGCACCAUGGGCGGCAUGGUAGCCAAGCAAGGCCAGCUCUUCGCGCAAGCACUCGAUUACUUCCUCACACAGGGCAAAGAACACGUCCCGGAAAUCAACCGUCUGGCCAAGGAGGACUCCCGGGAAGCAGACGAGAUCCUAACACACUACCUGCUGGAAGGAGCGAGACUCGGCGGCGGGGAGACGGGCCUCCUCCGCCAAGUAACUAGAGACACCACUCUGACCGACACCACCGACGCCCUCGGCCCUCGAACCCUCCACUUCGAAACGGGCGACACCGUCCUCGUCAACCUCCUCUCCGCUUCUCGCGACCCGCUCGCUUUCCCCAACCCCACUCACCUAGACCUCUCCCGUCCGCUAGACAGCUACCUCUCUUUUUCCGGGCACGACGGACUCGCAUCCCCCAUGACCACCACCCUGGUCGCUCUGACAAGUAUGCUGAAAGCCGUCGGGCGGCUCGACGGCUUGCGACCCGCCCGCGUGAGCGGCGGGGAGAGUCGCGUGAAGCAAGUCGUGAAAUCGUUUGCGCCGGGUGUCCUCGGCGGAGGGGAAGACGACGAUGACGAUGCGAGCAGGAGGAUUCCGGACGAGUGGUGCUUUUCUGCGUUCUUGACCGAGGAGUGGGAUCAGUUCUGGCCGGUGCCUAUGAGUACGUUUCCCCCCCCCUUCUUUUUUUUGACGUUGGUUUGUUGGUGGGGGUAUCGAUAUGAGAUUAUGACUGAUGACUGAUUUUUUCCCACUACUAUCUAGGUCUCAAGAUCAAUUGGGACGGAUGA